UCGACUGGUCCGCUCUUACUACUUUCACUAGAAUAACUGACACGCGUAUGUACAAAAUGUAAAAUACACGUGAUUGGAAAACAUGUGUAUGGUGUCUGUAACAAAAGCCAAUAAGAAAGCAGCUUUUAUGUUAUGAUUAAGUAGCCUUCGGAGAACCAAUAGGAGGAGACUAGGCGAUAUAAUUCGAGCUGAGGAGAGCGAGCAAAAAGUGAAAGGGAAUGUAGGCUAGGCAGGCCUAGGCAAAUUUUGGAUUUUAUAUCGAUCAAACAUUCCAAUCGGAUUCAUUUUGUAUUUAAAGUAAUCAUCUAUAUUUUGUAUGGCUUUUAGUUAUUCGUUGCAGUGACAAGUGUAGUGAUUUCUUCAUCUUCUAUCUUGGCCUAGCCUACAGCGUGUAGCUGCUACUGUGAAUUGUGUCUUUGAAGUGCAGGUUUUACUCUAAGAUGGAGCACUAUGUUAUGUUUGGAGGGGGUAUUAACAGCGCAACCUCAAACCUUGGAUAUGUUGAUGAUUCUGGAAAGUAUGUCAUAUCAGAAGAUUGUACUGAAUGUUUGGAAGAAAUCUAUGACUGUCUCCUACAGGAGAAUUCUGUGAGAUUCGUACGAAGGCAAUUGGCACUCAAGAAAGUAGCAACAACGGACCUAAUUCCAAUCCUUGAAAGUUGUGAUGAUGAAGAAUAUAUGGAGACGUUUGCUGUAAAUAUAAAGAUUAUGAUGUCGUUGACUUUCCCAAAUAAUUUAAUUUUGGCAUCGUGCCAAUCCGCUGAAAAGCAGGUGAUAACCAGCGUUCUUGCCCGGAUGCACCAUGAAAUUAAAGCACGUUUCAAGGUGGCGUCUAUAAAGGCUUUAGUCGACAACAUGUCAAUGAUUAUUGAGCAUUGCAAAUCAUCAACUGAUGAGGUACUACUUACACCUGAGCAUCAAACCACACUGCAUAACUGCAUUAGGUUUCUACUUAACUUGUUUUCAAUUCAAAUCAACCCCUCCUCAAAGGACUAUUACCUUCAUGUGCAACUUCUGAAGCACCAUUUGGACGAGGUGUUGAUUGAGCUCCUUAAGAACACCAAGCCAAGUUGGAAUGAUCUGUUAAAAUCCAUUUUGCAAUUGAACUGCCUGCUAUUUACUGGGUUCACUGCUCCAAACCUAGCUGAAGUUAUACCCUCAGUCCUAGAAGGCAAAGUGGAGGAGAAAGCCGACCACUUUACCUGUUGCCAGCAACCGAAUACUGCCAAUGAUCGCAAGAGAAACCAUAAGGGGGAGUGCCAAUCAGUUUCCUCAGAAAAGCAGGAGCUACGAAAACUGUUAGCUAAAUAUGCUGUUGACUUAAACAGGGUAGCAUUGCCAAAGUUGGCUGUUGUAUUAAAUGAUUAUGAGUCAAUACGAACAAAUAUGAAAAACAUAUGUUUCUUGUGGAAUUUUGGAUUCAUUCUGUCGUUUACAGAGCAAUCAUCGGUUGCAUAUGCAGACAUCAGACAUAUGUUGUCAAGUACCCUAGUUGGAUGUUGUGUGAUGGAGAUGAUGUAUUCAUGGGAAUGUUAUCAGCUUGCUAAGGAGAAGAAAGACACAAGCACAUCCAAUAUCAAUUCAAAGAUUUUGUAUCUGUUAGCAGCUGUUUUGAACAAGAUGUUCACAAACUUGUUAUAUUUCAUGAAGAAAUGCCCAGAUGAAAUUGAUGGAGGCUUGGAACAGACAGUCGAUUCCCUCGCUUCAAUGACAGAGGUCGUUGACAUGUAUCUGCUGAUGAUUAGAAAAUUUGAUAUCAAUGUUGAUUCAAAGAGUUACUUGAAGGAACUGAUUGUUGGGAAUAACCAGCUUUUGACGCUCUUCUCACUUGAUGAAAGCAACCCAAAUACAAGGAUUUUAGAACAUUUGCACAGGUUUGCUACAAAAGAAAUGAUGAUAAUUUACAACUUCAUGUUGAAUGAUUUCAAAACACAUACACUGAUAGAGAAUGAGUCAGUUUUCAACAUGUUCUACCAUAUAACAGCAGAUAUAACAAAGCCACAUCUGCUUCUACAAAUUCCGAUCUUGUCAACAUUUUCUGAAAUAUAUGGAGAGGAAAAUGUUGCCAUAUCUUCAGAAUCUUCUGAUCUAAUUGAUUACCUAGUUGGCCUCUUUGGAUUAUCAUGUCAGGAGAAUCCCGAUGUCUUUCUGUACCCCGAGACCAAGAAAACAAAGAUGGUGAUAUCAAGAGAAACUAAAGGUGGUCUACAAAGAGAGAUUGUUAAAGAGGUGCGUGAUGGCAGAGAUAUUGGAGGCUUAAUUAUUGGAGAUUGGGAGGAUACAGACGAGGAGGAAGAUAUAUCCAGUCUUGAAAAAAUGUCCACAUCGGAACUGGUGUCAUAUCUGGAAUCAAAUGGUAUGAGGCCUCAGUUGACAAAAUUGCAAAACUUGUUGCUGGAAAUCUGCUACAUAAAAUUGAAUUGUCCAAAGGAUUCUGUUUGCCAGGCAACCACAUUGUUUAGUGUUU